CGAAAAAAAAAAAAGGUUACUGUGACAUGUCUAAGAGUCUAGCUGUUUAUAACUGGUCUCAGAAAAAUGCCAUGUCACCUUAGACAAGUUGUCAUAAGCCCAUGCUCACUGAAACACAGAAGCCUAGCAACAGCAUUGUGCUGCUCCUAGCUUGUGUGCUUGUUGCCCAUUAACAUAGGAAGGUGGGACCCUGACCACAUGCUAUGUAGCAGAAGACAGCACCAGCCACCCGCCUAUUCACUUAAAAUCCUUACCGAACCCACACAGAGAACCAGGCUCUGCGCUGGAGAGUAACAUGCAGUCAGUCCCUGCUCCUAGGGACCUUACAGCUUAGUCAGGGGAGAAAGCUGUGAAACUAGAGUUCUCUAGUAGAGGUCUUAUUUCGGCAAUAGCCAUGAAGCAUGGGUGCUGGAGGUAGGUCCCACUCUGCCACAUACUAGCCCUGUUAUCUGACCCCUUGGGACCUCAGCUUUCUCAUUUAUAAAGCAAGAAGGUGGGCAGGGUGCUUUUGGGGGUUUUAGUUCCUUCACACAUGGAAAGCACUGAUUCUCAGUGUGUACCCCAUAAACAGCAGCCAGAACUAUCUUUAGAAAGUGGAAGACCACGAGUAGAACCCCCGGAGUUAAAAGCACAGCAUUCUGAUAAUUUUAGACUUAAAACAAGAUCAAGCAGAUGCCACAAAAAAGAGAUGGGGGGAGCAUUCAUAUUUUGCACCUGUGGAAUGCCAGACACUCAGCAGAAAACAUUUAAUCUUCUCAAUUGUCAAUAAAGUAGGGAUUUUCACAACCCAUUUUACAGAGGAGGAAACUAAUUAUCAAAGAAGUUGAGUAUAUUUGCCCAGUGCUGCACACCAGAAAAUUGGCUGAGCAGCAUCAAAAGCCAGCUGCUAUAUGGGUGCAAAGUCCAUCUUGUAUGCCACUGUCCUUAUGUCCAGGGUGGCAAAAGCAGUUGGCUUGGUGCCAGGCACCUGCCUGGUGUUUUCAAAGUUUCCACAGAAGCCAGACAAGUGGACAAAGGGGGUGCCUGGGAACAGCGGCCAGAAUUGACUUUAUGAAAGUCACACACUUGCACUGUGUGGCCAUUCCUUUUACAUGCUGUAAAUUUUUUUUGAAGGCCAACAGAACACCCCUACUGAGCAGAUUUGGCCUUGCUCCUUUGCGAGCACUCUUCCAACCAGCCAUCCCUCCCUCUUACUAAAAAAAAAACAAAAAGCUAGUUUCUCUAUUCGGGGCUCUGGGUGACAAGCCAGGCAACCUUGCAUCGGGAGGUGGGAUCGUCUGAUGCUUCUUACAUUUCACCUUGCAUUGGUCUUGUUUGACCGCAGGUCAGGCUUGGGAAGUUUCUUUCCUUUGAGGAUAGGAGGAAGGUAGCUGAGGCUGGCCUAGGCUAACUUGUAAUCUUCAAUUCACACUACUUCUUAAGGAAUUUCUGGGUGUUGCAGAUACUCCUGGCGCCUGGAGAAGUCUAGAGCUCCUUUCAAUUCGGGCUCCGGGAGUGAUUGCCACAGACAGCUUCGUUUUGCGUGCCAGACGUGCCGAGUUGUUUGUUCAGGUUUGGGUUUAUUUAGGCUAGCCGGGGAGACGGCAGUCGAGGGCGAAGGCGGUGCACUGCCAAGCUACCUCUAGGUCUGGGGUUUCAGAUCUAGGAGUGGCAUGAACCACAUGAGCAUUCUCCGGCCGGCCGGCCGGCCGGCGGGGGAGCAGAAAGCAGGACCGAAUUCUGUCCCCUGGGGAUUUCUACGUAUCCCAUUCGUUCCUAGUUUCCCAGGCUAUCACGUGCAUUCAAUCCUUAAGUCCCUGCCCAUCAAGUUUCUCCUAGCAAGAUCGGGGGUUUAAAGGCGGCUGCGCCGUAGAGCACUCCCAUGGUGCCGCGCGCUGGGCGGGUUUGUAUUUUAAAUCCCCGCGGCCAAUCAGCAGCGCGCAGGUCCUUGUAACGUUCCCAGCGCCGCGUUUGAAUUCGGGGAGGAGCGGAGCAGGGCAAGAUCCUUUGCACCGGCCGGGCCAGGUCCGCGGAGCAAAUUUUGGGAGCAUGAAUGCAGCAGCCAAAAAGCUGGCUCGAGCACCAGCCGAUCUCGGGAAAGCUGGGGUUCCUGGAGAUGCAGCUACCGGUGCCCCAGUGACCGCCCCGCUGUCGAAAGAGAUUCCCGAGGUCUUAGUGGAUCCACGCAGCCGGCGCCAGUAUGUGCGGGGCCGCUUUCUGGGUAAAGGAGGCUUUGCCAAAUGCUUCGAGAUCUCGGACGCAGACACAAAGGAGGUGUUCGCAGGCAAGAUCGUGCCUAAAUCUUUACUUCUCAAGCCCCACCAAAAGGAAAAGAUGUCUAUGGAGAUUUCUAUUCACAGAAGUCUCGCACACCAACACGUCGUAGGCUUCCACGGCUUUUUUGAGGACAGCGAUUUUGUGUUUGUGGUUUUGGAGCUCUGUCGCAGAAGGUCUCUCCUGGAGCUGCACAAGAGGAGGAAAGCGCUGACGGAGCCCGAGGCACGCUACUAUCUACGUCAGAUAGUCCUGGGCUGCCAGUACCUGCACCGCAAUCAGGUCAUUCACAGGGACCUCAAGCUAGGCAACCUCUUCCUGAACGAAGAUCUGGAGGUGAAAAUAGGGGAUUUUGGGCUGGCAACCAAAGUGGAAUACGAAGGGGAACGAAAGAAGACCUUAUGUGGCACUCCUAACUACAUAGCUCCCGAGGUGCUGAGCAAGAAGGGACACAGUUUUGAGGUGGAUGUGUGGUCCAUCGGGUGCAUCAUGUAUACCUUGCUAGUGGGCAAACCACCUUUUGAGACCUCAUGCCUAAAAGAGACCUACCUCCGGAUCAAAAAAAAUGAAUACAGUAUUCCCAAGAACAUCAAUCCUGUGGCCGCCUCCCUCAUCCAGAAGAUGCUUCAGACAGACCCCAAUGCUCGCCCUACCAUUCACGAGUUGCUCAAUGACGAGUUCUUCACUUCUGGCUAUAUCCCUGCCCGUCUCCCCAUCACCUGCCUCACCAUCCCACCAAGGUUUUCAAUCGCACCCAGCAACCUGGACCCCAGCAGCAGGAAGCCUCUCACAGUUCUCAAUAAAGGUGUGGAGAACCCAUUGCCUGACCGUCCCCGGGAAAAGGAGGAACCAGUGGUUCGGGAGACAAAUGAAGCCAUCGAGUGCCACCUUAGUGACUUGCUGCAGCAGUUGACCAGUGUCAAUGCCUCUAAGCCCUCAGAGCGAGGGCUGGUGCGGCAAGAGGAGGCUGAGGAUCCUGCAUGCAUCCCCAUCUUCUGGGUCAGCAAGUGGGUAGACUAUUCGGACAAAUAUGGACUUGGGUAUCAGCUGUGUGACAACAGUGUGGGGGUGCUCUUUAAUGACUCAACACGCCUCAUCCUCUACAAUGACGGUGACAGCCUACAGUACAUAGAGCGUGAUGGCUCAGAGUCCUACCUCACCGUGAGCUCCCACCCUAACUCGUUGAUGAAGAAGAUCACCCUCCUGAAGUAUUUCCGCAAUUACAUGAGUGAACACCUGCUGAAGGCAGGGGCCAACAUCACACCCCGGGAAGGUGAUGAACUGGCCCGGCUGCCCUACCUGCGAACAUGGUUCCGCACACGCAGUGCCAUCAUCCUGCACCUCAGCAAUGGCACUGUACAAAUUAAUUUCUUCCAGGACCACACCAAACUUAUCCUGUGCCCCCUGAUGGCAGCAGUGACCUACAUUGAUGAGAAGAGGGACUUCCGCACAUACCGCCUGAGUCUUCUGGAGGAAUAUGGUUGCUGCAAGGAACUGGCUAGCCGACUGCGCUAUGCCCGUACCAUGGUAGACAAGCUGCUGAGCUCACGCUCUGCCAGCAACCGCCUCAAGGCUUCCUCUUAGACCUCUGUCCUUCGGACUGGUGCUCCCACUCUGCAAGCUCUGUCUGGGCCUGCACUGCUAGGCUCCUGGGGCUGCUCUUCGGUGCCCCCUGGCCCUGGGGGCUAGGUGGGGAGCAGUGCCCCCCUUGAAGGGGUUGCUGUGUAAGUUAUUUUUGUACAUGUUUGGGUGUGGGGUUACAACCUCUUCCCCUGCUCUCAGCCCACUGUAUGGAUUGUAUAGAUAUUUCUAUUGAACUUGGGACUGUCCUUUUAUUAGCUUUAUAUACAUUAAAUAUAUGUACAUUUC